GCCCCAUCUGUUUUUAAAGAAUAAUCAAAAGGCCAAGCCUUCAUCACCUACAUAUUGUACAAGCGGCCCAAGGCCCCCCCUUUUCUCCUACAAAUGAGUGGCCAAGCCCUCAUCGCUUCACCAAAAGAGGCCCAAGGCCUCUCCCUCUCAGGAGGGGGAACAACAAUUUAGGUACCAAGUACCAAGUGUAUGGGUCACCCCCAUCACUCUUUGAAGACACCAAGUGUUUUCUCAUUAAGCCGUACCCCACGAGGACGCAACCAUGCAUACAUUACGCAUACCUUUACAUACUCUCAUAAAAAAAAAAAAAAAAAAAAAAAAAAAAAAAAAAAAAAAACCGGGGGGUGCAAUACCCCUCGGCUCCGGCUGGUACCAAGUACCCCCGGCUAUUUGUGUCCCACACACGAAUAAAACCCUUCCCAGGAACGCUUUCCGCGCCAUCCCCCAAGGGGAGGCAGGCAACGGACCAUGUCCCGGGCCCAGGAUUCGACUUCCACAAACGAAACGCUCCCCGCGCUAUCCCCCAAGGGGAAGCAGGCAACAGACCAUGUCUCGGGCUGAGGGGACGACUUUCAAAACCGAGGCGCUUUCCGUGCUAUCUCCCAAGGGGAAGCAGGCAACAGACGAUGUCUCGGGCCGAGGAAACGACCCUCAAACCCUUCGGGAUAUCGGAAGGUCAUUCCCGAAGGGGGAGCCAACGGUUUAUUCCGUUGCCUCCCAUAUAGGCCAAGCCUUUCCUAGAAACCAAGUUUCUAGAUGCCUCUCCUACACCAUCCUAAAAAAAAAAAAAAAAAAAAAAAAAAAAAAAAAAAAAAAAAAAAAAAAAAAAAAGAGAUGUGUAGGGGGGAAGGAACUCCCCGGAUACUAUUCUCCCCGGAGGCUCAACACUUCGGAGAUACAUUACCGAAAGCUGCUACAAAUGCACAAGAAAAUCUCUCAACAUCGAGUCAUCUGGCUACAUAGCCGAAAGCUUCACUACAUAAAGCCUUGGAGUACAACGGUUUCCCCGGAAGCCCAAGAAGAGAGCUCACUAAGCAAAACUUCACCUAAAUUUGGCUAAGGCCGAAUUUAGGUUGGAUCAAAGUCAACUAUGUGACAUGCCGAAGGCUCCACAAGGUUCUAAGGCAAGCUAAAUCUAUACCUACACAAACCGGAGGGUUCAUACCGACGAAGGCGGAAUACUACCAAACUCACUCAAUGAUGAC